AUGGUGCGUUUGCUUGUUGUCUCUAUCACUCCUAAAGAGAGUACGCACUGGACCAUUUCCUUUCAUACCUUCGAUCUAUUCAAAACAGAGAUACGGAGGACGACCAACUUGAUUGUUAGGGCCUGUUCAGUGCAGCUUAUUGCCGUAUCGUCGUCAGAGGACGAAAAUGAAAUUGCUGUAUGGUCGGCUAGACCGCACCCAGGUUGUCUUCUCGAAAAAGGCGGCGGAAAAGAGCAUGUACAGGAUAUCAGUUGGGAUUAUUUUGUUUUUCUGUUGAGAGUUAGUCCAAACUCAGUCGGCACUACUUCAGACAAAACCAAGAUUAUUGAUUUCUCUUUCCUUCGAUCUGGCUUUCUAGACGCAUCUCCCUCUUUAAUCUGCUAUUCUGGCAAGAGCGUUUCGAUAUACCAGCGCUGCGGUGGCGGACGGGACUGGGAACAAAGAACUGAAAUUUAUUACUCAAACAGUCCAACCUCGUCGAGUACUACAAUGACUGCAUCUGCUUUUGGCUCAACUGCGCCUUUUGGCGUCUACUCGAACCCAUUGGAUGUGUUUCCUCACAUACUACCUGCCUUGCAGUGUGCCUUUGCGUCAUCAGACGAGAGCACCUUCUUACGCUCGGACUGGCACCCGGACUCCUUUCUUGCAGAAAUUUGUUUGGAUGAUAGAGGUGUUAAGGCUGCUUUGGACGACCGACUGCGAUCUUUGUUUUUGUGGCUUAGCUCCGUAGGAAAGGAUUUGUCGGACGAAGAUUUGGAAGGGCCUCUACGUGUAGCACCCCUGCUCAUAGUCGAAGAAAAUUUUUCUGAAGACAGCGAUGGUCAGGAUCAACCUCGAGCAAGACUGACUCUGCUAACGGGUCCGGCUACGGACCAAACACUCCCUUCGCAAAAUGUCGCGAGAGAAGUGAGUAAACUGAAGAGUUUUCGGGAUAUACUCUUGUGUAGCAUCGAUCAGGCAAUUCCUGAGUCGUCUUCCACCGUUCAGUCGCUCGAUUGCGACCUAGGCAUCAAAAAAGAAGAGCUCCCACCGCUCCUACGCACAUUGUCUUCUGAAGAUUUGGAAAUCAUUUGGGCCCUAUACGAUAUGCUGGUAAAACCGCCUUGUUUCGACAAGCUAGAUAAGCUAGGGCAGCUAUUCCUGUUCACCAGAGAAAUCUUUCAUCGGCUUGCAGCUAUUACAAAUAAGAUAGAAAGCUCGAUUUCUACAAGGAUACCAAUGCCGUCAAUGCAUGUUAAGAUCACUUCGAAGUCCGGUGGGAGUCAGAGUUGCGAAGAAACUUACGUGGCCUCCUCCGGCUGCUUGGCUGCUCUUAUGAGCCGCUCUCAAAAUAAAAUUUUGGACUGCUGCCGUGCAAAUGGACAUAAGUUUGACUGGCCAUUCGCGAGAGACCUUCGCAUUGCAUUCUGGCUGCGGUCGGAUAGGGAGCUUGCCAAGAUAUCGGAAGAGAUCGGCCAGACUCUUUACAGGGCCAAGAAAGAGAUAAUGGAAUGCGCACUAUUCUUUGUGAUUGCGCGAAAGACGAGAACUCUCCGAAAUUUAGCAGCAGCAGAUUCGACCGAUAGUGGGAGGAAGCUAUUCCAGUUUUUGACGUCUCAUGACUUCUCUGACGAGCGAGGUCGACGAGCUGCAGAAAAAAACGCAUACAGCCUUCUUCGCAAAAACAGAUAUGGCAUUGCAUCCGCGUUUUUCCUCCUUGCCGAGCCCCCUUUUCUCAAGUCAGCUCUCGAAGUGAUUGUGACAAAAAUGCGAGACUCAGACCUUGCUUUCGCUGUUGCGAGGCUAACGGAGAGUUCUGUUGCCGCCCUACAACCCAGUCUGAAUGCAUCUUCCGUAGGGCUUGGAGGCAUACUUGGAGGUGGAGGCGGGUAUGCCAUUCCACCCGGAUCAGACUCUUCGUUGGAUGGUGAGGACGGAGAACGUUUUGACGAUUGGCAACCAGAUCUUGGAAUGUAUUCUAAGAAGCUGUUGGUGGAACGAUUGCUUCCUCAAGCUGAGCGAGACAAUGCUCUGAGCGCUAUCCAGCUAUUAUGGCUUGGUAAAAUUGAGGAAGCGUCUUGGUGGCUAUCCGGGUUCAUAGAACCCAGCCAUGAUAGCGACACGGGUUAUCGCUUAGUCAACGAUAUCGAUCACCGUGUAUUCGGAACAAGGACUGAUGCGAAAAGACAGUGUGCUGGAUCAAUGAAGCUGUCGAAUGCAAUUGGCAAGGUAAACUUGCUUGUUGACUUCAUCUCGGCUCCGCUCUUGCUUGACGCCCUGGGUGGGAGUCAGCGAGCUCAAUUUGCUUCAUGUUUAGCAGUUUCGAGUGCGUUGAUUGCGCGGGGAGUUGAGAUGCCAACUAUUCGCUCUCUACUACAUUUAGCUGGUUCUCAAAUGCUUUUGAAGCAUCCCAUAACUUGUCUAAGUCCCAGAGAGGACGCGAAACACGGUCUGUCGCCCUCGUCGGCAGCUGUGAAGCCGUCGAUAUCCAAGUCAUUAAGUUCUUCCCUCCAGCCAAAGCGAAGCUGCAAUUUAGCGGUUGCUGCUUCCUCGGGGGUUAUGUCGUCCUCUGUUUUUGAUUCGUUUGAUACACCUCCUACCCACAACUCGAAAGCGAAGGUUUCAGACCAUUUUGAGAGAUCAGAAACGGUGCAGUCUUCUAUUUUCGAUGCCUUUGAUGCUCCGCCUACCCAAAAUUCGAACCCGAAGGUAUCAACCCAGGAAGGCAGAUCCUAUGGGAUGCAAUCAUCCAUAUUUGACUCCUUUGAUCCUCCUCCUCUCCAGAAUAUAAGUGUUACGGCAGGACGUGAUGAGACAUCGGGGAACAUAGAGUCGUCCAUUUUUGACUCGUUUGAUGUUCAUCCCGGACCGACUGUGAAGGGAUCUGCAUGCGACGAUCGAUCCGGAGACGUGCGGUGUACUGCCAUUUCAUUUGAUGACACAAGACAAUUAUUCAGCGAAAAUGAUGCCCAAGAAUCGAAGGUUUUAUGUCCUGUUGACAAUAGACCAACUAUUGACAAUCAAGAGGCGAUCAAGAAGUCCGAAAUAGCGAUUUCUCUUUCAAUCUGUCGGAAAGGGAUCCCAGAUUUGUGGAGCGAAUGGCGUUAUAACAUGCUUUUGUUAUGCGCUGGGAGGCGCCUACUGCGUGAAGUGGCGAGCGUCGUAGCUCAAUUUCACGGGGACCCGCGGCCUCAGUCAAUGGUGUCUUUUUAUCAUAGCGAACACCCGCUUGUUCCCUCAAGGGCAUCUGAAGUACUGCAGCUGAGAUGCGACUCCGAAAAAAUAAUAGGAAGAGUCAAACGGUCUCUGGAGCAGCUUUCCACAGCAAGCGGGUUAGAAACUCUUGUUGUUGUAAGUUGCUCAGUCCAGCUUUUGGGUCAUUCCCAACAACGCCGUAGAACACUUUUUACUGUUAUUCUUUAUGCCGCAGCGCAACAAGAUGACAUGGCUGAUCUCAUCGUUCGAGCCGCUGCUUCGGAUCUCAUUCAAAUGGCGAAGAGUAUGGUGUUUUGUAACGACGUUUUUGUACUCAAACAAAAAUCGCGUUCGCACGCAUCUACACAGCAUAUUCGGCGACUAGCGGCAAGGUUGAGUUGGCAACUAGAAAUUUGCAUGUGGCUGCAGCGGGGUGGAGGUCUUUACUUAUCUGCAAGUACAAUCAAAGAUGCAAUUGCCGCUGUGCGAGUUGGCAUUCUCAUAGCCAGCUGGAACCGCAACACCGAAUGCUUGGAAGCCAUGAUUCGAAACCAACCAGACUGUUCUCUCGACGACGAAGCAGGACAUCCGCUGUGGACAAAUUUAAAAAGCUUUACCGCUCCCGAGAGAGAAGUAAAAAAAAACAGAAAGAUCUCAAGUGGUGGAUGGGAGUUUUUGGUAGACUGCAGAAGAACAGAGGCGACAAAAAUGCUGCGAUGUAGACCUACGGGGUGCUUCAUUAUGAGGCCACAUCCAAACGACCAUGGGGUUUUCACGCUCAGUUUUAAAACUAACUUAGCGAGUGAGGAGGGAAUGCCUAAGGAUGGCGAACAGCAGCUAUCUGAUCAUGGGGAGUUGGUGAAUAGGCCUGAGCAACCUAGUUCUACAGUAAUGUCUUCACGGGCUUCGAAAAGAGACGACAUAGUUCAACAUGCGGUUGUCAGGUUGUCUGAAUCUGGAUUUCGAUGUGGUUCUUUUGGUCCUUUCGCUAGCCUCAUCGGUCUCCUUGAAGCCGUGUCAGCAUCGCUCCCUUUCAAUUUGAGGUUCGAUCAACCGCCAGUUGACCGGGUAAUUCAAGAAGGAUUCCAGCCUUCUCCAAAUGCAGUAUUUUUCCGAAAGCUAGCCCUCAGUCAUGCGGAUAGCGGAGCUUAUCCCCAGCCAGCCAAAGUACAGAGUUGUCAAGUCCCGUCUUCUCCCAAGGAGGAGCGAACCUCUUCGACAUUCCGAACAGGGAGCGAAGAUACCAGAUCCGAAAAGAAGAUAUCUUUUGCCUAUUUUCUCGAGCUCACGACUCUGAGCAAAAUUCAUCGGCAAUUAAGUGCCGUUGUAUCAGUUCACGUUGACGAGGCUCAUCAGUCUGAUGGGGAGGUCAUGACGACAGACGAAAGCUACGAAGCAGCGUCGGAUAGUGUUUUAUCGCUAAUGACUUUUCAUGGAGUCUCCACUCCGUACGCUUCUUCGCGGAGGCUUCUUAGUCCUCUGAUAUGUUGGGGCCGUUCUUUGGAAAUUCUUUCCGUGGAGUAUGUAGCCCCGGAAUUGAAUGGCUCUUUCGAUCCCAGAUUGCCAGUGGAUUUUGAGGAGUCGGCCGAAGAAAUUGAAAUAUUUCAGCACGAAUCCGCAACUACGGUCGAGCAAGGGGACGCAGUACUUCGACAAAUGAUCAAACGAGGAUCUGGAGUCGAUUUCAGUACGUUACGCUUAAGUGACGGUGGUGAUUGCACUAUGGUUGUGGUUUUUGGAAAGAAGGAAGGAAUCGAGUGGUUGCUUUCCAGCGGAUUAGAAGCUAGUGAAACCGGCGCUUUGAGAAGAUUGAAGAUAAUGGAGCAUGAGAAUAUUAUCGAACCAAUUGAAAUGCAGCGACUCCCUCUGAAACAUAAGGUACCUGAGCACGGAGAAAGUGAUGUGAGAUACAGGAUUGUUGACCCCUGGGAAGUGGAAGCGCUUCCGAAUCGUGAAGGCGAGACUCGAGGAGCCUCUCUUGGCAGAGAAAGCUUCUCAAGGUUUAGUAUAGGGCAGGUGGCACUGUCAUCAGAGAGUACCCUUCGUGAUAUUGGCGGGCAUUCGCUUUUAGAGCUGUGGACCAGCACGAAAGGAGGAGUGCUUUUGACAAAAGCGUUAGCUUCGAUAGAUACACCUUGGGAACGUGCCGGGGCAGGAGAUUUGCUUCCAGGAAAUGGAAUAAUGACCAGUGUUCCUCCGUACUUAAAUAGCAUCAGGCAGCACUUGUACAGGAACGCGCUGUUUCGCCGCCUCGACCUUCCGCAGCGUUUUGUUGCACUAAUGCAAGUGGAGUUGCUCGACCUAAAAAACUUGUCGUCUCCCGGUGGCUCAGUUUCCCUCUCAACUUACGCGCUGUUGCGCCUGAAACGUGACGGCAACAGGGCGGGCUUAACCAACAAAACACGGACACUUGACACAGCAAAGACACAUGCCACCAAGCUUGGGAAAUCUUCUGGUCCAAAUGCCCCGGCGUCCUGGGGAAGCGUCGUUCGAUUCCGUUUCCCCCUCCCUGAAGAUGUUUCUGUGGAAGGGUCAAGUCUCGACGAUGAUCGAGAAACACUAUUCAAAGGACCCCCGUGUGUACUUCAGAUUACAGUGUACGAAAAAAAGCUUAUCGUGGAUAACUCACUGGGAACUGCAGAUAUUCGCACAGACGGCCUUUGGAGCGGAGGCCAGCUUGAGGAGUGGGUGCCUCUGCGCUCAGAUAAGCAAACCAUUACAUGGUUUGCUCGAAUCAGAUUGACACUAAGGUAUGAAUUAAUGUGCCAUGCGUGCGACGCAGUAUCCAUGGACACUAUAAGCGGUACCUCAAGUGUUGGACUCCGGAGGAUGGAGGAACUCAUCCGUGCAGGUGCUUCGGCGCACGAAGAUAACAAGCAAGCUACAAGCUCCCCGGAUUUGUUGACAUACUUUGAGAGCAUGGUGUACUAAGAAUUUGCCGCUAUCUUAUCAAAAUUGUAGACUAUAUUUAAAGCACUAAAAAAUAAGCCUCAACCAGUCCGCAGU